CUAAAUCCAGGAUGACGUCGACUCAGUAUAAAACCAACAAGAGGUUCAGCUGGCCUGAGCUCCGUCCUACCCGCGGGUUGAGUUCAGCGAACGCCGCGGCGAAGGGAGGGCGGGAGGAGGGCGAGCGGACGCAGGGGGCGGGGAGGGGCGCUAGGCUGCUUUCCCGGCGCUCUCUUUCGGUUUGCUCGGCGGCAGGAGGAGGGUGGACCCCCCCACUUUGAUACUCUUUCCUAGGCGCGUCCCUGCCGUCCUCCGGUCCCGGCGCGGGGCUCGGGGAUGCCUGCCAGCAUGUUCAGCAUCGACAACAUCCUGGCCGCCCGGCCGCGUUGUAAGGACUCGGUGCUGCCCGUGGCGCCCAGCGCGGCAGCUCCCGUGGUCUUCCCGGCCCUGCACGGGGACUCGCUCUACGGCGCCAGCGGCGGCGCCUCCUCGGACUAUGGCGCCUUCUACCCGCGCCCAGUGGCCCCGGGCGGCGCGGGCCUCCCGGCCGCGGUCGGCGGCUCCCGCCUGGGCUACAACAACUACUUCUAUGGGCAGCUGCACGUGCAGGCGGCGCCCGUGGGCCCAGCCUGCUGCGGGGCCGUGCCGCCGCUGGGCGCCCAGCAGUGCUCCUGCGUCCCGACGCCCCCAGGCUACGAGGGCCCUGGCUCGGUGCUGGUGUCCCCUGUGCCACACCAGAUGCUGCCUUACAUGAAUGUGGGUACGCUGUCGCGCACCGAGCUGCAGCUCCUCAACCAGCUGCACUGCCGGCGGAAGCGGCGGCACCGCACCAUCUUCACCGACGAGCAGCUCGAAGCGCUGGAGAACCUUUUUCAGGAGACCAAGUACCCGGACGUAGGCACCCGCGAGCAGCUAGCCCGGAAAGUGCACCUCCGCGAGGAGAAAGUGGAGGUCUGGUUUAAGAACCGCCGAGCCAAAUGGAGGCGGCAGAAGCGGUCCUCAUCAGAGGAGUCAGAAAACGCCGAGAAAUGGAACAAAACGUCGUCGUCGAAGGCAUCGCCGCAGAAGAGGGAAGAGGAAGGUAAAAGCGAUUUGGACUCAGACAGCUGACGGCCGCGGGCCGGCCGAGGCACUUGCCUAACCCGAAGGACUUGCACAGACAGAGGAUGCUACUUUCUUGCACACGCGCUGCCUUGCGGGAGGGGGUCGAAAAGGAGAACCGAGGAACUGUAAAUAGUGUACAGAGCCGGGAAGGUUGGGCGCGCCUGGGGUGGGGCGCACUGGGGCUCGAAGUUCUGCAGUCCGAGGCCGCCUACGCCUCUUCCCCAUGGUAGUAUUUAUAGCUAAGUUAACAGUGACAAUACAAUAAAGUGAUGGCGAUGUAAA